AUGCUUAAGUUUAUAAAAUUAUUCAUACCUUUACUACUAAACUCUCUAUUUGCAAUAUUGAGCAUCAUUUAUUUAUAAUUAAAGGGUUAAUAAUCAUACUUCUUACUUUCUGAAGUAGUUUGUUUAAUCUUAGGAGCAACUUUAAAUAUUAUAGCUUAAAUUUAAACUAAAAAACAUCAAAUAUGUAUAUGUUUAUAUUCAUUUAUUUAGAACAAGAUUAUUCACCAGUAUUCUUUAUAUUUUUAUUAUUGAUUUUAUUUUCUAGUUUAUUAUUAUUAGAUUAUAAAUAAUUAUCACAAAAUAUAUUAAGCUUAUUAAUAGGUGGGAUGUUAAUACUAUAAAAAUUGAAAUAAACAAAUUAAUAACAUAAUAUUAAAAUUAAGAUGACCAAAGCACUUCUAUAAUCUGUAACAUUAUUAUUCAUUCUUAUACUUGUUAUGACAUCAUAGAAAUAAACUCACUAUCAUAUUGAAGAAUUAACUAUAAUAUCUAUAUUAAUAAUUGUAUUUUUAGUUUUUUAACUUUAACCAAAGAAAUUAGAUAAAAAAUCUUAAAAUAAAAUGAUUUCACUUACCUAAAAUUCAACUAUUUAAUAAAUUAAUUCAUAUCACUUAUGGGAGAAAUUCUUAGAAAAGUCAAUUUUUGUAGUUUCCUCUAAUAAUACUGAUAUAGUAAUUGAAAAAAUAAGUGUAUAUUUAGAAUAGUAUUUAAAAGAUAAACAUUAUAAUAUUGAAGAUUUCUUAAAAAAUAUUUAAAUUAUUGAAAUCUCUUUUGAGAAUGAAAAUAUCAUAUUAAAUAAAAUGAUUGAAGUUAAAUAAUCUUUAUAUUAGUAUAUUAAAGAAAUAUUAAAUAAUAAUAAUGAAAAAUCAAAAAAUAAUAAUCCUAAAAAUUGGAAAUAAUAAAAUUAAUUUUAAGAAGAUUAAUCAUCUAAAUUAAUGUCUCCAAAUGAGUCUAGAUCUCAAUUAUCAAUUAUAUACAAAUAAGACUCUUACUCUUAGAAAAAAUGUAGUCUAGAUAAUGGAAAUAAUGCAUUAGAUUAAGUAAAUUGUGAAAAUUAUUUAGAGUACAAUUGAAAAAGAAUUAUUUAAUAGAUCAGCUAAAGAUUUAAGUUUAAUUUUUAAUAAUUAACUUUAAUAAACAUAUUCUCCCUAAAUCUAAAAUAAAGUCAAAUUAUUAGGAAUAUUUAAAUAUGAUAAAUAAAAUUAUAAAAAAAUCACAUUUAAUAACUAAAAUUAAGCUCUAAUUUUUGAAUUUGAGGAAGAAUCUAUUGAAUAAUUAAAAUAGAAAUUAAAUGAUAUAUAAAAUUAAUAUAAACUAAUUGUUACAAAGAUAUAAUGUUAAAGAAUUACAUUAAUGUUAUAAGAAUUAAAAGUUAAAUUAAAUUAAAUAAUAAAUUAAAAUAUGGAUUUAAAACUAUUAAGAUAAUUACAAUCAUAAAUAUACUUAAUAAAUUUAUGUAAUAAUAAUUUUUGGUAUUUUUUAACAGAUAAUUUUAAAGAAAGAAAACCAUCUUAAUUAAAUUUGAAUAUCUUUCUUAAUUAAAUUAUAAGUAAAUUAAAUUAAGAUACAGUAAUUAUUGAGAAGAAUAUAAGAAUAAGUAUUAAUGAUGAUGAAUUAUUAAUGAAUGAACCUGUAAUUACACAUCCUUAAUAUCUUCGAUUAGUAAUUAUUAAUCUCAUAUAUAAUUCAAUUAAAGAAUGUUCAAAAACAACAGAUUCUUCUUAUUCAAUUUAUAUAAAUUUAAAAUAAAUAAAUAAAGAAGAUAUUUAAUUUGAAAUUAUUGAUGAUGCUGGAGGAUUUGCUGAUAAAUUAGAUUAUUCAAGUAAUAUAAUUAUUUAUUAUAUAAGGAGUUCUAAUGGGUAAAUUAGGUAUCUUUGUGUGUCAGAAAUUGUUACCAUAUAUAUCAGAACAUCCAAUAUUAAAGUUUAAAACUAUUGAUUAAGGUGGAAUAAGAAAAGGGAAUUUAGUUUCCUUUUAAAUAUCUAAACAUGUAAAUGAAAUUAAUAACAAUUCAAAUAAAUACUCUACAUAAAGCAUUAUAAAAUAGGAUAUCUAAAAUGUAGCUAAAAUAUUAUAAUCAUAUUGA